UCAACUUAAGUUUCACUCCACAUUUGCCCCCUUGGUGAUGUUCAAAACAAACUGAAACACAAUUACGACAUAUUAUCACCUUAAAGUUGUUAUGGCAGACAGCAACGUUAGCAUUCAUAUGGAGCUGUGUUUUAGGCUACCUCGUGGCUUUUGACCCCUGUCCUGACAGGAGGGAGUAUCUUGAGCUGUUUAUUGCAUUUGUGUGAGGAUGGACAGCCAGGGAAGGAAAGUGGUGGUCUGUGACAAUGGGACAGGGUUUGUUAAGUGUGGCUUUGCAGGAUCCAACUUCCCUAACCACAUCUUCCCUGCUAUGGUGGGUCGCCCAAUCAUACGAUCAAGCACCAAAGUCGGCAACAUAGAGAUAAAGGACCUGAUGCUGGGGGACGAGGCCAGCGAGUGUCGCUCCAUGCUGGAGGUGUCCUACCCCAUGGAGAAUGGCAUGGUGCGCUGCUGGGAUGACAUGCUCCACCUAUGGGACUACACCUUCGGUCCUGACCGCCUGAACAUCAACCCGUCAGAAUGCAAGAUCCUGCUGACUGAGCCACCUAUGAACCCCACAAAGAACCGGGAAAAGAUUGCGGAGGUCAUGUUUGAGAAGUACCAGUUCCAUGGCAUCUAUGUGGCAAUUCAGGCUGUGCUCACUCUGUAUGCUCAGGGUUUGCUUACUGGCGUGGUCGUGGACUCAGGGGAUGGUGUCACCCACAUCUGCCCGGUGUACGAGGGCUUUUCCUUACCCCACCUCACACGGAGGCUAGACAUCGCAGGCCGUGACAUCACACGCUACCUCAUUAAGCUCCUGCUGCUCCGCGGUUAUGCCUUCAACCACACAGCUGACUUUGAGACUGUGCGUAUGUUGAAGGAGAAGCUCUGCUAUGUGGGAUACAACAUUGAACAAGAGCAGCGCCUGGCCACGGAGACAACCUACCUGAUGGAGACGUUCACACUCCCUGAUGGCCGAGAGGUGAAUGUGGGUGGAGAGAGGUUUGGGGCUCCCGAAGCCCUGUUCCAGCCUCACCUCAUCAAUGUGGAGGGAGCAGGAGUGGCCGAGCUGCUGUUCAACACCAUCCAAGCUGCAGACAUUGACCUCAGGGCAGACUUCUAUAAGCACAUUGUUCUGUCAGGAGGGACCACCAUGUAUCCCGGCCUCCCAUCCAGACUGGAAAGAGAGAUCAAGCAGCUCUACCUGGAGAGAGUGCUGGAUGGAGACACUGAGAAACUAUCAAAGUUUAAGAUUCGCAUCGAGGACCCUCCCAGACGUAAACAUAUGGUGUUCCUGGGUGGUGCUGUGCUGGCCAACAUCAUGAAGGACAAGGACUCGUUUUGGCUGAGCAGAGCGGAGUACCAAGAGAAAGGCCUGGGAGUGCUGCAAAAGCUGGGAGGUGGAGUCAGAUAAAAAAAAAAAAAAAAAAAAAAAGUUUGACUGAAAAGGAAAAUGUCAUCCAAAUAUUUCAAUUGUCUUACAUCAAAAGGUAUUUUCUGGUUCCAGCUUCUCAAAUUUGAGGAUUUGCUGUUUUUUGUGUGUUUUAUAUCAUCGUAAUUUUCUGAUAUUUUUAGACUAAACAAUGACUCAAUUAAUUGAAAGCAUUUUGACAGAUUAAUUAACAUUAAAAAUAGCCUUAAUCCCUGUUAAUUUGGAGUUGAAAGAAGGCUCAAUUUUAUCACAGCAAAACCAAAUCAAAAUAUCCCAUAAAAUGUCUCUAACUACGUGUUCAGCACAAUCUAAGUCUCAUGAAUUUAUUCAUAUGUUUGUCACGUCCCUAACAACUGAGGGCAAAAUAUUGGUGACCCUAUAGGGGAUAGUUGUGCAUCGGAGCAGCGAGUUCUGACUGAGCAGAAAUAAUUUUGUUGAGGUGGUUUAUUUUGCAUUAUUUUGCCCUGAAUAUAUAUAGGACACACUGAGCAGAUGCGGUACAUGGAUACUGAAAUUAGGUUAUGCACCGAAUUGGCAGUUUGAGACAUUUUUGAAUUAGAUCAUGAUUUGACCUCAUGCAGGGCUCAAAAGUCUAAGAGGUGACAAAAAAUAAAAGCUAUUUGGGUGAGAUUGAAUUAAAUGGCCAACCAGAAUCAAAAUAAUUUGUUACAGUCAGUGAAACGGGAGUUUUGGAGUGAAUCUAACCUCACAUUGCCUUGAAUUUUCCUUAUUUAAAAUGAUAAUGGAACUAAUGAGAAUUAACACCACUGACUGAUAUUGAAAAUAUGAAAUGUUUAAAUAACCAUUAGUCUUCCAAACUAGACACUAGAAAUAUAGUAUUUUUCUCUGUUAUUGAUAUAUCUGAAUCCUACUGUCAAGAUAGAUUGUCAAAAAAAAA